AUGGAAAAUAAUGCUGUAAUAGAUGGGAAUGAUUUCAAACGGCGAAAUAAUUCAUUCAAGGAGCUUUUAAAACAACAUAUUAUGGCAAAAUAUGAAGAAUCAAUAACAUUGAAGAAACAGUUAAAACAAGAAAUUGAUGAUGAAAUUAACAUUAUUGAUGAAUAUUCAGAACGAUGUCUUUUAUGCAAGAGAAAAGUGGAUGGAAACAACUUAGAUGAACACAUUCUGGGAAAAAAACAUCAAAAAAAUUUAGAUGAUGUAUUGAAAAUUACUGCGUUGGAUAGUUUUCAUGCUGGAUGGUCCAAUAUUCCAAUCUCGUUGCGACUAACUAAUGAAAUUCUUUUUUUACCUCAUUCAGAAAACGAAAUCGAAUGUUGUAUUUGUAAUAAAAAUAUUAAUUAUCGAGAACUUAUAGCUCAUGUAGAAACACAUCAGGGAAUACCUGGUGAAUUUAUACUGUUAGAAAUGGUUUCAAACAACCCGAUAGAUGAAGAAUUAUUAAAUACUAGAUCUGGACUGAUUAAUCAAGUGCAAAUAGGCAAUGCCCGAGAUGCAGCAAUAUGGCUUAUUGAGGACCUUUACCCUCAUGAGUGUAGGCUAUUUGAGUUAGUCUACCUAAUAACUUUCACUCCAGAUAAUUAUUAUUGUAGGGCAAAGGAAAUUGCUCAACAAUUGGUAGAGGAUGCAAUUCAACAAAUUAUUGAGUCAUUUGUAUGCUUUUUUUCUUUUUUGUAA